AUGGCCAAAUCCUCGGAUCCAACUCCAGCCCGAUCCCACGCCCUUUCCAUCCCCGAGAUCUUCGAACUCAUCCUCCUCCAUCUGGACAUCCGGACCCUUCUCACAAAAGCAACUCGAGUAUGCCGCGCCUGGUCCCAUUUUAUCAACGACUCUCGACCCCUUCAGUGGGCUCUAUUCUUCCGACCCCUCGACAAUCCCCUCAACAAAGCCAAAAUCCAGAACCCACUGCUAGCCGAGGCGUUCCCCUCGGUUUUCCGUCAGUCUAGCAGCAAUCGUGAUGGAACCCCCAAUCAUAAGCACAACGGCAAUUCCAAUCGCAAUUCUAUCCCGGAACUCACAUUUACCACUUUUGACAUGGUCCGCAGACCCCGCAAGCUGAACGCCUACAUCCGACCCGAAGCCAGCUGGCGCCGCAUGCUAGUCCAGCAACCCCCUGUGUAUACGCUGGCGUUGUUGCGGAGUAGUGUAGGUCAUGGCGGGCAAUGCCUGUAUCAUUACACGGCGUUAGAUGACCAAAAAGAACUAGUUGACGGACUGCGGAUGGACAUCAUCCUCGAGGCGCUGGUUUUCAGCGAAAUGUGGGACCAGUAUGAAUACUCCGAUACGGAGAUGAUCUGGGGUCUGGAAGGCCUGUCUAAACGUGUUCGAGGCGACUUGGAGCUGUUUGGCGUGAAGAAUCUUGACUUGGUGUUUUAUACUUAUUACGGGGUAACAGGAAUGGGUCGCGGUGGAUAUGAGCCAAGUUCCGAGCGCGAUGUCGUGAAGAAUGUUAAAGAUGAGUAUAUCAGGCUGGGGAUAGAACCAAAGUACUCCGAGAAGGCUUUUAUCAAGACGCGCAAGUCUUGGGGGUCGCUUUGGGAUUAA